ACGCUCCUCCCCAAAACACCCCUUUAAUAACCGUACCAAAACCCCGCGCCUUUUGCAGAAUCUCUGAAGAAAACACCAGACCCUUCCCUUUUGGUCUUCGGCUUUGUCUUCGUCAGUCAAAAUCAAUUCUCCGCCGUUCUAAUCUUUAUUUUCCGUUCAGUCAAAGAACUAGCGGUGACGGAGAGUUCCCGGUUUCUGUCUCUGUCUGGUAAACAUGUCGGCGGAUUUGUACUCCGAAAGGCCUUUGUUCGGUGGAGCAAUCUCAACUACAUUUCCUCUUAGGUUUCAGGAUGUUAGUAACAUCAGGCAAGUUCCCGAUCAUCAGGAGGUGUUUGUGGACCCUGCGCGUGAUGAGAGCUUGAUCUUUGAGUUACUAGAUUACAAGCAUGAAGUUGGAGAUGACGGAAGUGCUGUCUGGUUUCUUCAAGACCUUGCUGUUGAACAAGACGGUGAAGGAUUCACGCUGCUUGAGCAGUCAGCAGCGGUUGAGGCCCCUGGAUUGCGUUACAGAAACAUCCCAGCUGUUGUUACAACUGCAGUUGGCCAAAUGGCUGUUUCUAAGGGAAGGCAAGGAAGAGAAGCACAAAAUAUAAUCAAGGUCUAUCUGGCCAACCUACGUCUUAAGGAAGUUGGGACAGAUGUUCUGAUAACUGCAUAUGAGCCCAUCUUGAUACACCCUUUGAGCCAGAGUGCGAGUGCAGUUGGUGCUGGAUUAGCUGUUCCUGCUAUGCAAUCUGGGCUUGUGCCGAUGGUUGAAGUCUUUAAACUAGCUGUUACAAGCUUCAAGGUGAAUGACUGGAGCCUUUUUACUCCUGUUUGAGUGGGGGCUGAAAAUCCUGAUUUUCUCUUGUUCGUGUUUUCCAUGGUGCUGUCUUAUGAAAUAGAGGCUACCUGCUUAUAAACCAACAAGAAUGCGAUGGACGAGGGACUCUAAGCAUGUGUUUGAUUGAAUUGGUUCUCCUCAGCCACGCAAAAUGGUUGGUUUGACUUCGGAAUCUGAAGUGGACCAAGUGAGUGUUCAUUUUCAUGGCAGCCUUUUAGAGCUUAAAUGUCAGGAUUCACAAUUAUCUUAUAAUACAAAAAUAAAAUACUAGAGAAGUGAAAUCUAUUAGAUUGAAUCAAAUAGAAUAAGUUUGUUCCAUCUCACUGGAAAAAAAAAAUGUAAACUAAGCUGACUACCAAGGUUGGUGGUCGGUAAGAUCAGUUAAAAUCAACAUAUUUAAUAAAAUUAAAUCGAUUAAGUCGAUUCUAUUCAAUUAAAAAAAUUUUAAUAGAGUGACUAAAUUAACCGACUUUAAAAUGAGUAAUCAAAUUAUUCUUUUCUGGUGUACUUUCUUUCCACUGUCUGUUUGAUAGGAUAGAGUUUAAACCCAUACCUUGAAAACUUUCUCAGAUCCCAAAAGCAUAGCAAGUCGGCACAUUAAACACAAUUCGUGUACACAGAAAGUAGAGGAGAGAAUCUUCCACACCCAAAUGAUUCAUUUACAGAAAGAUGGGAGAUACAGUAAUGUCUUUGAAAGGACUUAUCACAUCGAAAUCCUCAUUCCUCUCUCCAUAUCUAAACAAAUAAUACAACUCUUGUGCUAAGUUUAAUGCUCUAGCAGUGUUUGUUUCUCAUGCAACUGCUUCAUCAAUCAUGCACAUGGAAUUUCAUUCAA